AUAUUAGGUUAACUUUAACAGUGCUCUGUAGCAGGCCUAUGAAUUAGUUCAAUAGUGAAUUCAACAGAAUGAAAAUGUAAUUAAAUUAGAUUUAUACUUCACUGACCCCGGACUGUCAACGAGAGUUUGCACUGCAGUCUCUCAGACGCCCACCUGCUGUGAACCUGGCGAUGUAGGAGACCAAUCAGAGCUGGAGUCCAGCCAAACACAAACACUGCGAAGCUGCUCCAAGAGGAUGUGCGUAUGCAGUCCUGAGAGCUUGAUCAGAGUGCACGAGCAACACGCUCCUGGUGAAGACCAUGAAGCCCAAGUCUCUCUGUGUCCCGCGGCUUGGCCUCUUUGAGGCCGGCAGAUACAGGCGGCAGGUCGAUCCCGGCGCACCGGAGCAGAUCCUCGAUCCGCCGGCGGAGAAGAGGCCCAGAGAGCUGCGCUUCACUUUACUGCCAGAGACAUCUCCAUACGAGCCUUUAGUGGAAGACGACAGCCAACACAAACUAAAGGAGGAAAAGAAAGCUAAAAAGAAAGAAAAGUAUAAAAAAUACAGAAAGAACGUAGGAAAGGCUCUUCGCUACAGUUGGAAAUGUCUGAUGUUGGGUCUGCAGAACUUCACUGUAGGAUACUCCACCCCUCUUUCCGCUGCUGCUUCAGUUGUCCCAGAUUACCAUCCGGGAGGAGCCUGGGGUUGAGACAAUCUGUGACCAGCAUUCGUACUUCAUUUGUAUCUUUAUGGAGCAUUUAAUGCUGCAUGUCCAGAUGCUAAUUAAAAAAUAGACAAUACAUCUGCCAUUGGCAGCUUUACCUGUCAUGCUGUAAAUUGUUCAAUUGUUGUAAAUAUCUUCUCUUUGAAUUUGUGUUAAAGUGGAAUCUUGCAUUAUCUUGCAUUAGUGAUUUAAAGCUAUAAGAAAGACAUGUAUCUCUUUUUACUUUCAGAUAUAUCUGUAUAUACAGUAUUUUGCUUUGAUUGAAAAAAUUCAUAUGAAUUUCUGUACUGAAAUGAAAUAUUUUUGUAUUAUAGAACUAGGCUACUGACAGUAGUGUUGAUACUGUAAUUAUUUUAUUCAUAGCCUGCAAUUUUUCUCUUUCACUCUUCACUCUCAGAAAUGAAGGUACAAAAGCUGUCACUGGGGCGGUACCUUUUCAAAAAGUACACUUUUGUACCUAUUAGGUUCAAAUAUGUACACUUUAAGUACUAAUGUGUACCUUUAAGGUACCAAAAUGGACCCUUUAGGUACAAACAUGUGCCUUUUGAAAAGGUACAGCCCCAGUGACAGCUUUUGUACCUUUAUUUCUGAGAGUGUUCAGCAACUUGCAAGUGAUAUGGUCAGUGAUAUGAAUUCAUGCUGCAUAGAUGCAAUGAUGACAAAGGUGAAAGUGAUGUAGACCCUUAAGUGGAAGAGAUAGGUAUGUUUAUGCUCUGUAAAGUGACUUGAAUGCCCUCUGAAAUGUUUUAUUUGAUUUAGUCCAUUUCAUGGACAAAAGAUAGGAUUUGCUUGACAUAAGGAAGCUGAAUGCUCUUAGAGAGGGAAGUAAGUGUUUUCAAAUGGUAAUUGAGGCAAGAGCCUUAAAGACAAAGGAUGGGAUUAUGAGAAACCAUAACAGGAAAAGACAGUCUGGCACAGGGCGGAGAAAUGGCUGUGUUGUUUGACUUGACUUGACUUAAACAUGACUUGUUUAAUAGGGUUAAUGAAGCUGAGUGUCUGCUUGUAACACCUGUUUAAAAUGAAUCACAAGUAAUUGUGAUGAAUAACUUUAAUAAAUGAAAAAUCUGAGUGGGA